AACUAAACAAAAAUAACUAAAAUAAAAUUUGCACAAUGAGCGUUAAGAAAUUCGAAAUACACAACAACAACCUAGAGCGCAAGAAAAGCAGAAAACUUGAUUGGUACUGGGCGCCCGUCUACUGUGCUGUCUGGUAUGUGCUCUUCUACGCCACCGUCAUACCCAGCUUCUAUAAUUAUCCAAAGACGCUACAAAUCAGCGAGGAACAACAGCACGCCGACGAAUUUAUAGGACAACGUGCCGAACAGCAACUAAUCACAUUAGCUGAUUUUGGCGUUAAACUAACAGGGACCAUAGAAAAUGAAGUUCUAGCUAUCAAUUUUUUACUCGGAGAAAUUGAAAAAGUUAAAGCACAAGCGCGGCUUGAUCUCUACGAUAUCGAUGUGGAAGUGCAAUACGCUUCGGGAAAGUUCGAAUUGUGGCAAAUGGCUACCAGUUAUCGCAACGUGUCCAAUGUGGUGGUGAAGUUGGCGCCAAAGAAUGCUAAAUCCGCUUCCUAUUUGCUGGUGAAUGCACAUUUCGAUUCAGAAGUGCACUCGCCGGCAGCCGCAGAUGACGGUGUGAUGGUGGUGAUUAUGUUGGAGACGCUCAGAGUGAUUGCCAAAUCCGAGAAGCCGCUUAUGCAUCCCAUUGUAUUUCUUUUCAAUGGCGCUGAGGAGAGCAAUCUGUUGGCUUCGCACGGUUUCAUCACGCAGCACCCAUGGGCGCAGUAUUGCAAAGCCGUCAUCAAUUUGGACUCCGCUGGUUCGGGUGGUCGUGAAAUUCUCUUUCAAUCGGGUCCUAAUCACCCUUGGCUCAUGAAGUAUUAUAAACAGAGUGUGCCCCGCCCCUAUGCUACCACAAUCGCUGAAGAGUUGUUCCAGAAUAAUUUCAUACCAUCGGAUACCGAUUUCCGCAUAUUCCGUGACUAUGGCGAGUUACCUGGCCUCGAUAUGGCACAUUCACUUAACGGUUAUGUUUAUCACACUAAAUUCGAUACUUUUGCGAAUCUCGAGCGACACACGUGUCAGACGACUGGUGAUAAUGUCUUAGCAUUAACAUGGGCACUGGCCAAUGCACCGGAAUUAAAGAACCCAGGGGACCAUGCCAAAGGCCACACUGUCUUCUACGAUUAUCUCGGUUGGUUUAUGAUCUUCUACACAGAGGAUACUGGUGUCAUACUCAAUAUCACCUUCUCUGUUUGUGCCAUCAUAGCCAUCUUAGCAGCGGUUUUCCUAAUGUCACGUUCGGACGAUGCCGACUCGACUAAGCGUGUCUUCUUACGCUUUCUUACCAUAUUGGUUGUACAAAUUAUAACAAUAGCUGCGUCAGUGGGUCUAGCAAUUUUAGUUGCGGUUACCAUAGAUGGCAUCGGUGCCUCAGAAUGUUGGUACUCAGAAUCAUGGCUCGUCUUUGGCAUCUACUUUUGUCCUAUCUUCUUUAUUAUGUGUUUGCUGCCGGCAAUUUACAUGCGUUGGACCAAGGAGGGAACCAAUAUGUGUCAUGAUGACUCCAUUGCCUGCUUCAUGCAUUCGCAUUGCCUCAUUUUGGUGUGCCUUUGUCUGGUUAUGACUGGUUUGAGUAUACGCUCGGCUUUCUUUCCAAUGAUUGCUAUAUUCUUCUACACAAUAUCAGUUGUAUUGAAUAUCAUAAAUCACUUUUGGGGCAAGAGGUACUUGAACUUGCCUAUACAUCUCCUUUGCCAGUUGCUGCCAUUUUGGUUUUAUAGCUAUCAAACAUUUGUCUUUCUCACAAUAUUCAUACCCAUGCAAGGACGCAGUGGACCAACCAGUAAACCGGAAUUUAUGAUUGCUGGCAUCUGUGCUAUAAUGAGCAUACAUUUCGGCGGUUUUAUUCUUCCAAUAUUGCAUAAGUUCCGCAAAUCAAAAACGUUUUUAAGUUUAUUUGGAGCUCUAUUUUUGAUAUUCAUUAUGAUUGCUUGCCUGCCUGUUGGCUUCCCAUAUAAGAAGGAUGUGGCAGUACAGAGAGUUUACGUUUUGCACACAGCACGCACUUUCUACGACGAGCGAGGUUUUGUCUAUAAAAACGAAAGCGGUUUCUAUGUGCAACCUGUCGAUAAGCGUAUUAACACUUUGAAGAAAACCGUUUUCCAAAAUGCUGAACCGAAAUCGAAGAUUCCAGAAGAUUGUGAGACGGAACUUUUUUGCGGUUUGCCAUUAUAUAAUUCGCGUUGGAUGGAUUGGAAAAACUUCUCCCGCUGGGUAGCGGCGCCAAGUCCACAUCUGCCUAUACCAACCGAACUAAAGUUAACCUCAAAAGUUUAUAUUACUGAGACACGAGUACGUUAUGGUUUCAGCUUAAAGUCCGCAGAUCGCGUAGUGAUCUAUAUAGAUCCUUAUCCAAAUACGAAAAUUGUUGAUUGGACUUUCGAUAAGACGCCAUUGAAAAGUAAUUUCUCGACACCUUAUUUUGUGUAUCACGUCUAUUCGAUGGAUGAUAGGCCAUUAGAUUUCUGGAUUGAAUUGGACCGCGGUACUCCGGACUAUGAAGGCGCCGCACUGCGUCUUGGCAUCGGCGCACACUUCAUGUACCAUGACGCUUACUAUACUGAAGAAUUUAAAGAGUUCCUCAAGCUAUUUCCCGAGUGGUCCUAUCCGAUAGACUGGUUAGCUUCAUAUGAGAGUCGCAUUUUCUAGUAAUUUCAUUGAAUUACUUUUUCGAAUUUAUUAUAAAAUAAAACAAAAACAUUUUUGUA